GUGGCCCCAAGGAAGAGAAAUGGUCUCUGCAGCACAGCCCUGAGCUGCUUGUGUGAGUUAAGGGACAUUCCGUCUCUGGAGGCAAUCAAAUCCAGCCUGGACGUCUUACUGUGUGACCAUGUCUAGGUGACCCUGCCUGCGCAGCAUCCACUGGCCUGACUGAGGAGCAGAAGGAGUUCCAGAAGGUUGCCUUUGAUUUUGCUGCCAGGGAGAUGGCUCCUCACAUGGCUGAGUGGGACGAAAAGGAGAUAUUCCCAGUGGAGACGAUGCGGAGGGCAGCCCAGCUGGGCUUCGGUGGCAUCUACGUGAAGCCUGACGUGGGUGGCUCGGGGCUGUCCCGGCUCGACACCUCCAUAAUCUUCGAAGCCUUAUCGACAGGCUGCACCAGCACCACUGCUUACAUGAGCAUCCACAACAUGUGUGUUUGGAUGAUAGACACCUUUGGCAAUGAGGAACAGAGGCACAAGUUCUGCCCAUCGCUCUGUAGCAUGGAAAAAUUUGCCUCUUACUGCCUGACUGAGCCAGGGAGCGGGAGUGACGCAGCCUCCCUGCUGACCUCAGCUGAGAGGAGAGGGGACACCUACAUCCUGAAUGGCUCCAAGGCCUUCAUCAGUGGAGGAGGUGACACUGAUGUGUACGUGGUCAUGUGUCGCACGGGGGGCCCAGGCCCCAAGGGCAUCUCCUGCCUGGUGCUGGAGAAGGGGACACCAGGGCUCAGCUUUGGCAAGAAGGAGAAGAAGGUGGGCUGGAAUUCGCAGCCAACUCGGGCUGUGAUCUUUGAGGACUGCACUGUUCCUGUUGGCAACCGGCUGGGAGCUGAGGGGCAGGGCUUCAACAUUGCCAUGAAGGGACUGAACGGAGGCAGGAUCAACAUCGCUUCUUGUUCCCUGGGAGCUGCUCACGCCUGUGUCCUUCUGGCCCAGGAACACCUGACUGUGCGCAAACAGUUCGGGGAGCCCCUAGCUAACAACCAGUACCUGCGGUUCCGGCUGGCGGAGAUGGCGACGCGGCUGGUGGCGGCGCGGCUGCUGGUGCGGCAUGCGGCCCGGGCGCUGCAGGACGGACGGGAGGACGCAGCUGUGCUCUGCUCCAUGGCCAAGCUCUUCGCCACUGAUGAGUGCUUCGGGAUCUGUAACCAGGCUCUACAGAUGCACGGGGGCUAUGGCUACCUGAAGGAUUAUGCUGUGCAGCAGUUCGUGCGAGACAUCAGAGUGCACCAGAUCCUGGAAGGUACCAAUGAGGUGAUGCGGAUGAUGGUGGCCAGGAACCUGCUACAGGCCUGAAGGCAGGAGUUCGUCUCCAGCCUUAAAUUCCUUCCUCUGUUACAGCCUGGUCUGUUUCCCUCCUCUCCCCGGCAGUGGCAGCGAGGGGGAUAGCCCAGUGGAAAUAGACUUUCUGCCUUCCAUUGAGUGGGAUCACAGCUGCAGGCUGUGCCUGGCAGAGCUGCUGUUAAUAGGCUCGUAUUGUGCAGCCUGGAGGUACAAAUCACGCUCGUGAAUGCGAGCCUCUGUCUGCAGAUCUUGCUCGUGAGCCGCUGGGCACCCAUCCUUCCCGGGAAGGCAAACACCAGACCCGUUGGUCAUCUGUUGAGUCAGGACCGAAACAGGAGCUGCAAGCAGAGGUGCAGACUAAUGCCUUAGGCCUCCCUCUCUAUCAUCGAACUCUUUUGCUCAAGAGGAGUAGUUGCUGUGCUUAGAAACCCGCCCUGGGUGCUGACUGCACCCGUGGGAACAAGUCGGGCACAAGAGCAGCUCUGACCACUCGCGGCGUGCAGUGGCUUUGUGCCCGCUCGGGACCUGGGAGCGCUCCUCCCCCGGCACCCACUGCUGCGCCUUCUCCCGCUUCCCGCCGCACACAGCUGCUUCACCGGGAAGAAGCCUCUGCAGCGCUGGGGUACUGCACAGGAACGUUCAACUCUUGCCUCAAAUCAGCCUCCCUGCUGUGUACAAGGGAAGGGAGUAGAAGCAUUGCUGAAUUCCAUGACUUUAAUCAGUAAAGCAAUGGUGAUCAGCGUCA